AUGAGCAGUCACAGUCGCCUUGCUGCAUUCAUUCGUUAUGACAGGACCAAAUACCGGAAAUUGUCAGAACUCAUCACCUCCAUUGCCUACUCUUUGGGCAUGUUCGAUCAGCACAUAGGCACUGCCAUCGCUAAAGCUUUGACUUCAUCCCAUGCUGCAGUUAGAAUGCCGGCAUCCGAAUCAUGUACCCAGUUUCAACUCCUCCUGCAGGAACCAUUGGAGAUGACUUGGGAUUUACAAGAUGAAGGUCCUUUGGUUGUCAUGAUUGAUGGUCUAGAUGAAAGUGAUGUGUCGAAUGAUCUGCUGGAAGUGCUUGCGGAUGGAUUUGGGCCUGCACUACCAUUCAUGUGGCUCAUUGUCUCUAGUCGACCUGAGGAAAAUAUUUCUCACAUCUUCAAGGACCGCCGGCAUCAUGUCCAUCCCUUUCCUUUAGAUACCUCUUCUGAAGAGGUGAAACACGACAUAUGGUACUUUAUCCAGCAGAAGUUUGAUGGUAUCAAAGACAAACAUUUCUUGGGCAAGUAUUAUGAGCCAGAUGUAGUCACUUGGCUGGCUGAGCAGGUGAGUGGGCUGUUCAUAUGGGCAGCCACAGUCUGUUCAUUCUUGUGUGAUUUCCCCAGUCUCCAUAGGCUCAAGACAGUACUUGAAACUACAAUUCCAGCAGAUGCAAUGGAGGCUCUGACCAUACUAUAUCAAACCGCACUGGAUACCAUCAUCUUGGAAGUAUAUGGAACAAAGGAAGAUGUUUGA